CCCAAACGGUUGUAAGGCCGAGUACGUGUUGAUUAAAUUUUUAUUUAUCAUAAUCCACGUGAAUCUUCUUUCAGAAGAAUUGUUUUCACUGCAUGCUUGAUGAAGAAAAGAAGCCUCUAAUCACUCCUAGUUUUGACACUCUGUUUUUGUUGCAAGGAAAUGUUCAAAAGCAAGGAUCAAUUCCAAGAAUUUUUGAAUAUUUUAAUCAGCACGAAUGGUACUCAAAAUACAAGUCGUCAAAACAUUGAAGAAAUGAAACGGGAGGUCAGAUCGGACUCGGAAAGUCCCAAAUGUCACAGUAAAGAUAGUACGAACCCACCACAGCGUAUUAUGAAGCAAAUGUUUAAACAGUUUUUUGAAAAUCAUAUUAUUGUUUGUGAAAAGAAAUUCUAUUGUUGCUGUUGCAAAAAAUUUUUGAUUGGGCACUGCGCAGCAUUUGAACACACAAGUGAAGCCAAUCAUUGUGAUCUUGUAGAACGCAUUACGGCAAUGAAAACAUCAUGGAUCUUACUAAACGAAAGCACAGAUUUCAGAUUAUUAGUCUCCCAGGCAAUCACCAGUUUUGACGCUAACAACUUCAAGUGUAGAAUCUGCAACGACGAAAUGUUUGCCAUUUCAAAGCUCGCCGAACACCUCCAAAAUUUUUGGCACAUUUACCAGUCUCUGAAUUUUAAUCAGAAAUUGAUUGAGAAACGAGACAGAACUACAUCUAUUUUUAGUGACUUGGAACAAGGCUGUGAUCUCAUAAAGUAUGAAAAAAAUCGUUGUCCUGAAUGUAUCAUUUGUACCAAUAAGUUUUCAACUGUUCGAGCGUGCAUUAACCUAGAAGAGAGAGGAGAUGAAAGAGGGACAGAGCGAUACGCUCGUCAAAGUAUUAUUCCACCUGAAAAUGAAGCUCCUAAUAAUUGUAACACCAUUCCGGAAGUUCCGAAUCUUCAGCUGCAAGAAACGCAGCAUUUGGGUUUCACUGUGAUAAAUGAAAAAAAGGUGACGAGUCCAGAAAUCUCUAAAACGAUGGCGAACACCGCGCCGAGACCUCCUUCCCCGAUCGUCCAGACAAAAAUAUGGAAUUCCUCGAGUGAGGUUAUAGCGCCACCAACGAAGUUACAAAGAGCGCGAUAUCCAAGGUCGAAAUCAAAAACUUCAUCCAAUUUUUUGAAUGCAAAAUCACCGGAAGAGUUGAGUCGAGAUUAUUUAUUCUGGAAACAAGAUUUGGACGCGUGGUUGUGCAAAAUUUGCAAUAAAACUGUGACAGGAAGUCACGAAAUUACAGAACAUGCAGCAGAGAUCAAGCACCUGGAAUUAUUUAAAAAAUAUGGUUGUGAAAAAAUCACAAUGAUUGAAGCUUCCGUGUAUAAUUGUACGUGUUGCAGCUGCACUAUUCCCGGAAUGAAAAACGUUUUUGCCCAUUUAAAAGGAAGAAGACAUUCGACAUGUUUGGCAGCAAUGUUGCGAGACCAAAAAUCAGAAAACGAAAAAGGCUCAUCCACGACGGACCAAUCGGGGGUUACGAACGACAAAAAAUCAGAGCUUGUCAUAUACGUACAACAUUUUCAGGGAUUGAGCAUUAAGAAAAUGAUAAUGCGACGCCUACGCGCGCAAAAACGAUCGGCGCCGUUGGAAGAUUUCAAAUGUGAUUAUUGUCAGUUACACAUCGUCAAAGGCACUGAUUUCCAUAGCCAUUUGGCCAGUCACAUUAGUCUCGAGUUCGAAUUUGCUAAUUUGAUGGAUGAAAAUGCUAAUGAUCCCUCCAAUUUCGGCCUUGAAAAACAAGGCAUAAUGUCAGGCAAUCAGAUUAAGCCAAAAGAGUUAUCAACCUCUCAAUUGAUAGUUAACAGCUCAAGUAAUCAAAAAGAAAAUGAAAAGAUAUCGAAUUAUUCUCGAAGUAUUUGUACGUUUUGACGUAACCGUUAUAUUUUCAGCCACUACUUAUUUUAAGAGGUAUGAAUCUGUCAAUUCGGCCUCUAUUGGUUUAAUCAAAAAAUGGAUCAUGAAAUUCCUAUAUUUAAAUGAUUAAUGAAUCUGCAGUCCGAUCGACCAAUUGGACUGAGCCAAUCAAUUGAUAAUAUAUAUUGAUGAUAGUUUUACAUAUAAUGAACCAAAAGAAAAAAGAAACUGAUUUGAAAUGAACAAUUUUUACUUCGUUACAAGAGAUUCCUCGAAAAGACCUUUUCAAAGUAUGUGAAUGUACGUCGAUUUUUUAUUAUGUUUAUUUGUUUCGUACUUGUUGAUCGAUGUGCGGUAUUAGUUUGUUGUGCCAUGUUAUUUUUGUAAGUUUAACAAAAAGAAUUAACGAUAAGAAAUUAAAGUACGCGAGUAGAAAAUAAGUCAUCGUUUCACUGAGCAUGCAAAAAAUAAGAAUGUGAGGAAUAAAUUAAAUUUUUACUCGA